CGUUUUCCGCUUUCAGCCUCCCUCCCUCGACUCUCCCCUCCUUUACUCGCUUCUGUUUAUUCCCUCCCCCUCCGGCCACUCCGGGAGCUGCCGGGCUACUGCCCGGCUACACCUACACUUCCUCCGGCGCUGUCCAGCCUACGGGUGGCCCGGCCGGCUGCGCGCGCUGUGCCCGGGGCGGUGGCCGCGGAGCCCUUCCCGGUGGCCGCUCCCUCCUUUCCUUCUUCUUCGCGUCAUGUCGGGCACUUGAUCGUUAUUGUCAUCAUCAUCAUUAUUAUUAUUUUCAAUCCCUCUCGCAGUCUGUCCCGCCUUUCCCUCCCCCCCUUCCUUUCCCAGGUUGAUUUUUUUUUUUCCUUCCCCUUCUUCUCCGGGCUUGCCCAUGAGCCUCCUCGGGAACUACCGGAAAAAGACCAGCAGCGAUGGUUAUGAAUCUUUGCAGCUGGUGGACAGUCACGGGGACUCGAGCGCGCGGGGCGCGGCGGCUGGCACGCCGAGGGUGACCGCGGGCGCGGCGCGCAGUCCCGCCCGGCAGCCUCCGCACCGCGCCAGCACCACGGACAGCUCAGGUGCCUCAUCUCCAGACAUGGAGCCCAGCUAUGGGGGAGGCCUUUUUGACAUGGUGAAAGGUGGCGCCGGGAGGCUGUUCAGUAACCUGAAGGACAACUUGAAAGACACCCUCAAAGACACAUCCUCCCGAGUCAUCCAGUCUGUUAGCAGCUACACAAAGGGAGACCUAGACUUCACUUACGUCACGUCCAGAAUUAUCGUGAUGUCCUUUCCUCUGGACAAUGUUGACAUAGGAUUCAGGAAUCAGGUUGACGACAUUCGUAGCUUUUUGGACUCCAGACACCUUGACCACUACACAGUAUACAACCUGUCACCGAAGUCUUACCGAACUGCCAAGUUCCACAGCCGGGUCUCAGAAUGCAGUUGGCCUAUCAGGCAGGCCCCAAGUCUACACAACCUGUUUGCUGUGUGUCGGAAUAUGUAUAACUGGCUGCUACAGAACCCCAAAAAUGUCUGUGUUGUCCACUGCUUGGAUGGACGGGCCGCAUCAUCGAUUCUGGUUGGUGCUAUGUUCAUUUUCUGUAAUCUCUACUCUACUCCCGGACCCGCCAUUCGAUUGCUCUACGCAAAGCGACCGGGCAUCGGACUAUCCCCGUCCCACAGGAGAUACUUAGGCUACAUGUGUGACCUACUUGCAGACAAGCCCUACCGCCCUCAUUUCAAGCCACUCACGAUCAAGGCGAUCACCGUUAGCCCAAUUCCCUUCUUCAAUAAACAGAGAAAUGGGUGCCGCCCUUACUGUGAUGUGCUGAUUGGAGAAACUAAAAUAUACUCAACAUGCACAGAUUUUGAACGAAUGAAAGAAUACCGUGUCCAAGACGGGAAGAUCUUCAUUCCUCUAAACAUCACAGUCCAAGGCGACGUCAUUGUUUCCAUGUACCACCUGCGGUCAACCAUUGGGAGCCGGCUUCAGGCUAAGGUGACCAACACACAGAUAUUCCAGCUCCAGUUUCAUUCUGGAUUCAUACCAUUGGACACAACCAUCCUAAAAUUCACCAAGCCUGAGCUGGAUGCAUGCGAUGUACCAGAAAAAUAUCCUCAGCUGUUCCAAGUGACACUGGAUAUAGAAGUCCAGCCCCAAGACAAAGUGAUUGACUUAACUCCACCAUGGGAGCACUACUGCCCCAAAGAUGUGAACCCCAGCAUCCUCUUCUCCUCUCAGCAGGAGCACCAGGAGACGCUGGCCUUAGGAGGUCAGGCACCAGCAGAUCUCCCUCCAGACCAUCCCAGGAAUCUUGGGCAAGGUGGCUUCUUUGCCUCUCUCUGUUGGCAAGAUCAGAAAUCAGAGAAGUCGUUCUGCGAGGAGGACCACGCUGCCCUGGUGAAUCAGGAAAGCGAGCAGUCAGAUGACGAGCUACUGACCCUCUCCAGCCCGCAUGGCAACGCCAACGGCGACAAGCCUCACGGAGCCAAGAAGCCCAGCAAAAAGCCGCAGGAGCCAGCUGCUCCCCCUCCCCCGGAAGAGGUGGACCUUCUGGGUCUGGAAGGGUCUGACGUGAACACGAACUUCUCUCCCCUGGCAGCUCCUCCCAGCAAUUCUGAACUGCUGAGUGACCUGUUUGGGGGUGGAGGCGCCACAGGUCCUGCUCAGGCAGGACAGGCCACGGUGGAAGACGUGUUUCACCCUAGCGGACCUGCAUCUGCGCAGUCCACACCACGCCGCACUACCGCCUCAGCCACCGCAUCGCCAACCCUGAGAGUGGGCGAAGGUGCCGCCUUUGACCCCUUUGGAGCCCCUGCUAAGCCACCAGGUCAGGAUCUGCUGGGCUCCUUUCUGAACACGUCCAGCGCUUCUAGCGACCCCUUUCUGCAGCCCACAAGAAGCCCUUCCCCCACCGUGCACGCUUCUAGCACACCUGCUGUGAACAUCCAGCCAGAUGUUGCGGGAGGUUGGGACUGGCCUACCAAACCAGGGGGUUUUGGAAUGGGGAGCAAAUCAGCCGCCACCAGCCCGACAGGCUCGACACAUGGCACCCCCACGCAUCAGAGCAAGCCCCAGACUCUGGAUCCCUUUGCUGAUCUGGGAACACUAGGUAGCUCUUCAUUUGCCAGCAAACCCACCACACCGACGGGACUAGGUGGAGGAUUUCCACCUCUCAGCUCACCACAGAAGGCAUCCCCCCAGCCAAUGGGUGGAGGCUGGCAGCAGCCUGCCGGAUACAACUGGCAGCAGGCACAGUCCAAGCCACAAUCCAGCGUGCCUCACUCCUCUCCCCAGAACCGGCCCAAUUACAACGUGAGCUUUUCAGCUACGCCUGCUGGGCAGAGCGAACGUGGGAAAGGAUCUACUAAUCUGGACGGGAAACAGAAGGCUGCUGACUUUGAAGACCUGCUUUCUAGUCAAGGGUUCAAUGCCCACAAAGACAAAAAGGGGCCUCGAACAAUAGCUGAGAUGAGAAAGGAGGAGAUGGCUAAGGAAAUGGAUCCUGAGAAACUAAAGAUCCUGGAAUGGAUAGAAGGCAAGGAGAGAAACAUCAGAGCCCUGCUCUCCACAAUGCACACCGUGCUGUGGGCCGGGGAGACGAAGUGGAAACCCGUGGGCAUGGCAGACCUGGUGACGCCAGAGCAAGUGAAGAAAGUAUACAGGAGGGCCGUGCUGGUGGUACACCCAGACAAGGCUACUGGGCAGCCCUAUGAGCAGUAUGCGAAGAUGAUUUUCAUGGAGCUAAAUGAUGCCUGGUCUGAAUUUGAAAACCAAGGCCAAAAGCCUUUGUAUUAAUUUGUGAGCUUUUCUACGCUGGCUGCAGCCCUGUGUUAUUGUUUAGUGUGUACCACAGUUCUGAGAUUUUCACAGAUGAACCAAAAAUUCCAGUAAUGUAUUUCCAGUACUAAACCGUUAAGUUCCUCGUGAAUUCAUUUCUCAUGGUAAGGAAUGUGAAUGUUUGGUUUGAAGUCCAUAACACGGAGGGGAACACUAACGAGCGAGCUGAUCUUGCAGAGCUCUGACAUUCCAGCCCGCCCUUGGGAAGCCUACCCAGCAUUUUCCCUGGGGAAAUGAGACAGAGGCCACCCAAGGCUAUGGCAUGCCAUCUCAUUGUCUGAGAUCAAGAUUUAUGAAUGGAUGUUAUGGUAACUAGAUUUCGUAAUGGUUUUAAGGAAUUGAUUUAGGAAUUUGUGUGUGUGUGCGCGCGCGCGUUUGUUUUUAAAGAUGGAAUUUGAGCAAUGGCUUUACACAAAGUCCAGGAAUAUCACCAACCAAGUAUUUUUUAAAUGGAAAUUUACUGGAGCCUUUAGCUUUUUUCGUGUGUGUCUUUUGGUCAAGACCAUUAACAAUUCUAUAAGUUGCUGGAUGGUGGGAGGUGAUUAUGCAGAAAUUUAGGCAUUAGCCCUAACUUUUCCUGGAUGAGCUACAGGCCCAAGCUCAUGAUAUCUAAAGAAACCCAGGGGCCUUGAGAUGUCAAAUCUUGAUUCCAGGUCAAGACAUUGGGCUGCUGGCUCUUUUCCCCUUUAAAAACCUGUGGUUGAUUAAAGAAAAUCUCUGACCACUCCCACAACUCCAAACCUAUUUGAGAGCCCAUUCUAAUUGCUGCCAUGAGGCUUAGUGCUCUUUCUUUUGCUUAGCCAAGAAAACAUUCCUCAUGGGCGACAGUUUGUGAAGCAGUUUGGCCCAGUCACAGUUCGUACAGACCUGGUGUUCUGGUGAUUGCAAGCUACGGGGAAAAACAGGAGAUAAGACUGAGUGGUUAGGAGAAGGGUUUGGUUGGGGAGAGAGCUGUGUGUGCCUUCAGAUCCAGUCAGAUAGCUUGCAAGCCUGAGGAACCAGAGUCCCACCCACCCAGUGAGCCUGGACCCUCUGGGAUUAUUUCUGAGGAGUAGGCUGCGCGUGAAAACUAUGCAAGAACGAAACUUUCCCAGACCUCCAGUGGGUUGGAAUUUAGUCCAGUGCUCAGUGCUCCUCACUUGGCAGGGUAAGCAGCUUAGACUGCUGGGACUUCACUAGGUCUCCCAGGGACCACAUGUGCGGCAUCUAUCUAUCCAUGUACGCGUAUGUAUAUGUAUAAUGUGCACAUACACAUUCACAAGGCAGGUGGUCAAAGAGAUUACCAUUCUAAUCUUAAAAGGGUUCACGCUCAAUAUUGUGAAAAACUUUCAGCAAUUGUUUUUCAGGGACAAUCAUUUCGUUUGUUUCUGUUCUAAUAUUCUUGUGGCAAACUGAACCGGAAAAGCAGCAUGUCAGAACUACUUUUGGUUCUAUAUAGAUCUCUUUCUUCUCUCUCGCUCUCUUUCUUUUUAAAUUAUAAAAGUUCAUUAUUUAUUUUACCUUUUACUGAUAAUGUGAAAUUCUAAAAAAAAAAAGUUCUCUUUUGAAUAUACAGCUUUAAACUGUUCAAAGUAACCAUAACAACCUAGGUGUUAUUUAUUAAUGUAUUUGCAAUGAUGUCUGACCCGGUAUGUGCUUGUCCUAUUUAAGAUUGGAAUGUGAGACAUGUUGCUGUGACCUGUUUUAUUUAUUUAUUUUGCCUCAUUCACAUUUGUAGAUAUUGUGUGAACUACAGUAUAUAAUGACAAUAAUUAAGAGGAUAUUAUGUGGCUGUCAUGUACAUUUUGAAAUGAUAGAACUAUAUUAGCUUUAUAUCAUGUUUGCAUAGCUCAUUAAUGUUCACGGUUUAAAUACCAUUAAAUGUAAUGCGAUUAGCAAUGAGAAAGAACCCCUGCUGAAAUCUGGGGGUUUCCCACCUUUCUUUCCCAGAUGCAUUAUGAUUCUGUCUAUCUCAAAACUCUUACUAUAUGCAGACCGCUGGGUUCUGCAUUCCUUUAAAAUACCUGGUUGUGAUAGCUUGUUGUUGGUCAGAUCUGCCGUCUCAUUCAUAUUUAUUGUAAUAUAUUUUUGUCUUGUAAAUACAUUAAACACAACAAAAUGUCAUUGUUCUAAAAUAUUUGUAAUGUAUAUUAAAAAGGAUAAAAAUA